CCAUCCAGCCCAGAGAAGGAAGUGGAGAGGGAUGUGUUCCUGUUCCGGGCCUACAUUGCCCAGAGAAAAUAUGGGGUUGUUCUGGAUGAAAUUAAAGCCAGUGCUUGUCCUGAGCUCCAGGCAGUGAGGAUGUUUGCAGAGUAUCUUUCAAACGAGAGCCAGAGGGAUGGAAUUGUUGCUGAUUUGGACAAGAAAAUGGCAAAAAGUGUGGAUGUGGCCAACACCACCUUCCUGCUGGUGGCAGCUUCCAUCUACUUCCACGACCAGAAUCCUGACGCAGCCCUGCGUGCCCUGCACCAGGGGGAGAGCCUGGAGUG